UUUUAUAUAACCACAAUAAAAAAACAAAAAAUAUUACAUUUUCCCCUUUCUACUAGAGUGGAGAACGUGGGAGACGCAACCCCUUCCGUGACCUCCGCGUCAUCGUCGCCGGUGAAUUGAUUCACGGGCAGUGAAGAAUCUGGGUGAAAAAUGAGCAAGUAUGGCUUGAACCUUAGGCCGCCUAAGCCAAAGAAGCAGCCGCCAAGGCCUUCCCUCGCCAACCCUUUUGGCUUUAAUGAAGAUGAUGAGAAUGAUGUUGAGAGAGAAAUUGCUCUCCAGGCUAGCAAGAAUAAACGUCUCAAGGAAGUUGAGGAGCAGCAAAAGAAAGCCCUGGAGGAAGAUCCAUCUGUAUUUGAUUAUGAUGGAGUCUAUGACCAAAUGAAAGAGAAAGUUGCUCGUCCAUUGGUACAAGAUCGUGAAGAGAGAAAGCCAAAAUACAUCCAAAAUCUGAUUAAAAAAGCAAAAGAGCGAGAGCAGUAUCGUGAGAUUGUUUAUGAGAAAAAGAUUGCCAAAGAGAGAAGCAAAGAUGACCAUCUGUAUGCUGACAAAGACAAAUUUAUUACUGAAGCAUAUAGAAAGAAGCUUGCUGAACGAGAGAGACAAAUGGAGCUAGAACGACUGCGUGAACUCCAAGAGGAAAGAGAUGAUGUUACCAAGAAGAAGGACUUUUUGCUUGAUUUUUAUGCUAACCUAGAUAAAAAUGUUGCUUAUGGCGCGAAAGAUGCUGAAGCAAGGAAACGUGAAAAUCAGGCUGAGCAUAGAGUUCCAGAGACCCAUGAGGGAGUGAGCCUUGCAUCAAAUGAGCACGAAAAUUGUAAUGUGUCAGAGGAAGUGCAACAUUCAUUGGGCAACUCAAGUUCACCAGCGGGGUCCCCAAGAGUAAAGCUUGAGGAGGAUCAGGGUGAAGCUUCUAAUCCUUCUGAUAGAAGUUUCAAUCCCUUGGAAACGAAGCCAAAUCCUGAGGCUUCUAUGGAAGAAAAGGGUUCAGCUGAACUGCCAUCAGAUUCUCAACCAAAGCCCGAUCAUCACAAAAGAAGUCAAGAUGCUGUGGCUGCAGCAAAAGAGCGCUUUCUGGCACGUAAGAAAGCAAAGGAACAAUGAAAUUUUUCCUGCCCUUGUUCAGAUGCCUGGUGGUUCAUUUGGUCUUUAGUUUUUCGUCCUUAAUCUAAUAUCCAUGAACCUUGCUUCAAUGCCAAAUAGCUUUAUCUGUGAAAAUGUCAUAGAAUGAACUGGAAUACUGUGUUACUAUAUUUAAUUUGGUGUCAAUUAAUUCAUAAUUAGGGAUGACAAGGCGGGCGGAUUUGACUA